GCGUCAUCUGUUGUCAUGUAAUUCAGUCAAUAUUUUACACUUCAUUUCACGUCAGAAACUUGCAUACUGCUAUAAUUAAUCGUUUAUGUAUUUCAAUCAAAAUCUUGAAUUCAUAAUCGAAAAGUUCGCAAUUGACAUUUUCGUAUCCGCUUGACCCAGGUGGUGAGUAAAAAAAUAGAGGUCUAUAAUUUGUUCACAAAUCGUGUAGCAACGGCUUCAAUCUGGAAGUCUUACAAGCAAAUCUCGAGGGCGGCGAAAUGACGUCCGUGGCUCGAAGACCUGAGCAGGAUGAUUCGGGUGAAUACUCGGAUGCCUCGCAAGAAAUCGAGCAAAAUAAUUCUGGAAACGAUGCUGCUCAGCAAUCGGAUUAUGAUUCCCAAGGGAGUGAUGCUGAACAUUCUGACAGAGAUCCAGAAGCACAGGAAUCUGAGAAGCGCGUAGAUGAUGAUGAGGACCGAAGUAAUCCGCAGUACAUUCCUAAACGGGGCACAUUUUAUGAGCAUGAUGAUCGAACAGCGGCGAGUGGUGAAGAAUCAAGCAACACCACAUCAGAAACAGCCUCCGAGAAGAAGGAAGGCUCUGAGCCGGCUGCUGAGAGACGUCGUGCGCCUCGCAAAUCUGAAACAGUGAAUAAAUGGUCUCACGACAAAUUUAAUGAGAAUGAACAGAUGCCAAAAUCGAGAGAUGAGCUGGUAUCCAUAUAUGGAUAUGAUAUUCGCAAUGAGGACGCUCCGCCUCAUGCAAGGCGUAAUAGACGUUAUGGACGGGGACCGAAUAAGUAUACUCGUACGUGGGAAGACGAAGAGGCAUACAAAAGGCAAGCGAUUCAGGCAGCACAUAAGGUACCGCCCAGCCCGUCUGAUUUCCCGGAACUGAAUGCUGUUAAUAAGCCGGGACGUAAACCGCGUGUCCCAAGGCCGCGUUCAAAAUCCCAACCGGCCUCAAACGAUUCCUCAGAGAAUGGUUCCUUACGGCGAAAUGCCUCGAUAAAGGCCAAAUCUAGACCUGGGGCCAAGGCUAACUCCUCGGCCAAAGAGAAGAUGCCACCAUUGGAGAACCUUACAAUAACCACUGUUGUUAAUAACAAUCAAAACAGCCAACCGUUACGUAAAGUGAAUACGACUAUUGGGCAACAGGCGCCCGUGUCCACGGAUCUUGCUAAGAGGAAACCACUUCCAACGCAGAAUGCGCAAAGUAACGCCGCGAAACAAUCGCAACAGAAACCCGCUCAAAACCAACAAAGCCAACAGGGGACAGGUGAAAGCCGUGGGGGCAGCAAACGGUACAGUAGUUUACGACAACGCCCGUUGGCUGAACCGUAUUCACCUCAAAAUCAACAGCAAAAUCAAUCAAAUCAACAGCAAAAUCAACAGAACCAGUUUAGGCAUCAUGGUGAGUUUGCCCCGGGCUCUAAUCAAAAUAAUACUCAGCAUCAAGGCAGUCCGGCCAAUCAAAUGCAUUCACAACAAAUUGCACAUCAGACGCAGUUACGUAACGCGAAUACUAACCAACAAGGACAUGGGCCAUCUCCGCCUCACCAGCCGGUACCCAAUCAACCGAUCGCUCAGCAGCAAGUUCGUCUGGGUCUGAUGGAGCAGCAGCCGAUGGUGCCUCAUGCCCAUCACGCCAUGCACAAUAUGCCGCAGCAACACAAUAUUGGUCAAAUACAAGCGCCACAAGCAUAUGCGCCCCCAGCUAUGAUGCCCGCACAGUACAUGCAGCAAAGCGGUAGCGGGGCGGUGUACGGGGGAGCAAUGUACCAGCCUCCACAAUAUCCGCCUCAUCAAAUGUAUCCGCACCACAAUUAUCCGGCCCCAGGCGGCCUAACGUACUACACCUGUAGCGAGCAAGAGCAGCCCCCCAGACCCCAGAGGAGACCAACUGCUGCCAUUCCCAUCGUCAAGCCUGCUAUCCCCGAGAGGCCGCCGAAUUCGGAAAAGGAUAACAUUGACCGUAUAGUGGAGAAUAUGUUUGUCAGAAAACCUUGGCCGGCCACUCAUGAUGCGAAAGAUAAAGAGAAGAGUCAAGAGCCUCAAAGUAAGGAUUCCUCUCAGCCGAACAGUUUGACAUCCAGCUCAAUAUCUACCGAUUCCAAAACGGAAGAAAAGAAAGAAAUAGUCCAAGAACCAAAAGAAAUAAUCCAAGAACCGAAAGAAAUCCAAGAAGUGCAGAAGGAGACUCAGGACAGCCAGAAAGAGAGUCAAGAAGAGACGGAAAGAGAAACGGAGGCCUGACAUGGAAGAUUCCGUGAGUGUUAUGAGUACUUUAGGAGAUAGGGAUUUUUGAAUUAUAAAUAAAAACUUUAUAAAGUGAAUCUUCAAAUUUCGAACAUAAGUGACGUAAUUAGGUUUGUAAUCUGUGCUUUUACCAUAGUUUAAAAAUUCUGUACACUGUUUCAUAUAGACUAUACUUCAGAAUAGUAAAUACUGUAUAGGACUCGGCUCAUAUUGUUAAUGCACCUUUUUAUCAGGAACUUUGGGUUAAUGUCAUACAGUAAAGUGGUGCAU